AAAUUUACUGAGCGCGACACCGAUCUAUAACGAUGAUUACCGAUUAAACCGAAUUGAGCUUAGGUGUUCAUACAUCAAGUGCGUCUUUACGUAAACCGCGUCUUUAUGUGCAAUCGUGUGGAAUUAAAAUAAAGCUGCAAGAUGUCAGAAACGACUUACGAGCACAGGGAAAUAUCUGCGCCAAGGGUCAGCAAAUUCAACGUCUAUAUUCAGGGCGACUUAAAGCACAGUUAUUUCGUCAUUCUGACGGUACAUGACCUGGGAUGCAAUCAUCUCAGCUGGAAGGCGUUUCUGGAGCAUGAGUCGAUGACAAACCUCGCUAGCAGAGCAGCCUUCAUUCAUGUGGACAUUCCUGGACAGGAGGAUGGGGCCCCCAGUCUGCCAUCAGAUUACACGUUUCCCAGCCUGCAGAGUCUUGGAGAAGACCUGGUCUGUGUCCUUGACCAGCUGGAUGUGAAGAAUGUGGUAGGGCUUGGAGAGGGUGCAGGAGCCAACAUCCUGGCACGCUUUGCUAUGGCCCAGCCUAACCGUGUCCUAGGGGUGUGUCUGAUCCACUGUACGGGAACCACAGCAGGAUUCAUGGAGUCACUCAAGGAUAAGAUCCUGGGUUGGAAGUUGGACCACAUUGGCAUGAACCCAUCAGCGGAGUCAUACCUUGUCCUGCACAGAUUUGGAUCUUUUGACAAGGCUGAGAGCACAGAUGAGUUGAACAACGUGCUGGACAGCUUCCAGAACUCGCUCAGGUCAAAGAUCAACCCACAGAAUCUCAACAAAUAUGUGCAGGCCUUUAUGAAGCGUUCCAACAUCACAGAAUCCAUCCAGAAGAUUAAGUGCCCCGUGCUGAUGGUUACAGGGGACCAUGCCUCGUUCAACCACACAGUGCACACACUCUACUCCGCCAUGUCCCAGAAAAUGGACAAGGGCAAGAUCGAGCUGCUGGAGAUAGAGGGCGUGGCUAACGUCAUUGAGGAGCGGCCUGAGAAACUUGCCGAAAGCUUCCUGUACUUCUGCCAGGGUCUUGGAGUCGUGGGUGGAGUGCCGAUGCCCCGUGUCUCACGAUCCGGCUCCAUGGACGCAGACCUCUCCAGGCUGAACAUGCGGACCCGCAGUAUGUCCAUGGAAGAGGCCGACCUACCCAAGGGAGUCUACUCUACCAGCCCUCCCAGUCGUAUCAAUAGGAUCAAACAGGUGUCCGGUAGUGACGUGAAACUAAAAGUGGUGUAAGAGGGAUGAUUUGUUCAAUGUUCUUUCAUUGUUUUGGCAGUUUGUGCUACAUGCUAAUCUUGAAUAAAGCUUAUGUUUCAUAAUAAAAUGAUGUCAUUAUAAAUUAGCUAGAUUCUCAAUACAAUCAUAACAAGAAGAUGUUUAUUAACAUAUUUUAGGAUUAGCAUUUAUAGUGUUGACCUUGUAUUGUUUGAUUUUCAGUUGCAUUUCCAGUUUUUACUGUCUAAACGGAUGUGGCAGUUAUCUAGAAUACAUUGCAUUGCUUUAACAUGGUUUCCUUGUAGAUCUCAAUGUACCCUUGCCAAAAAUGUGUUGUCUGGGAAAUUAGAUAAUUUUUCCACUAAAUAUUGUUGUUUGUAAAAGUUAAAAUUUUAUUUUUUAUGAGUUAUACAGUUUGAAUUUAAUUAUUGGGUACUAUAAUGUGUCAAUUACCGUAAACACAUUUUUAAAACACUUUUCUCUUUUUAUGCCUCCACUUUACGAUGGGGGCAGGCACAAAGAAUCACUCUUGUCUGUCCAUCCUUCUGUUUGUCCCACUUUUUAGCUCACCUGAUUGCCCAUGUGAGCUUUUGUGACCGGUCUUGUCCGCCGUCCGUCUGUCCGUCCACAUUUGUUUGUUAACACUCUAGAGGCCACAUUUAUUGUGCGAUCUUUAUGAAACUUGGUUUUGAAGAUUUGUCUCAAUGAUAUCUCGAUCGAGUUCGAAACUGUGUCAUGCCGUGUCAAAAACUAGGUCACUAUGUAAAAAAAACACAAAAAAACUUGUAAACACUGUAGAAGUCACAUUUCAUGCCAAAUCUUCAUGUAACUUUGUCAAAAUAUUUGCCUUAAUGAUAUGUUGGUUGAGUUCAAAAGUGGUUCCGGUCCGUUGAAAAACAUGGCCGCCAGUGGGUGGGGCAGUUUUCCUUAUUUGACUAUAGAGAAACCUUGUAAACACUCUAGAAGUCACAAUUUUUGGCCAAUCAUCAUGAACAUUGGUCAAAACAUUGGUUUUAUUGAUAUCUCGGACGAGAUUGAAAAUGGUCCAGAUCAGUGAAAAAACAUUGCAGCCAGUGGGCGGGUCAUUUUUCUCUAUAUGUAUAUAGUGAAAACAUGUGAACACUCUAGAAGUCACAUUUUUGGCCCAAUUUUCAUGAAAUUUGGUCAGAACAUUUGUUGGUCAGAACAUUUGUUUCCUUGAUAUGAGAGUUGAGUUAAAAAAUGGUCAGAUGAGUUUGCAAAUGGUCCCGGUCGGUAAAAAAACUUUGCCGCCAAGGGGGGGGGGGCAGCUUUCCUUAUGUGACUAAAGAGAAACCUUACGAUCGAACACUAUAGAAAUCACAUUUUUUGCCUCAUCAUCGUGAAACUUAGUCAAUACAUUGGUUUUAUUGAUUUCUCAAACAAGUUGGAAAAUGGCUCAGAUUGGUGAAACACACUUUUUAGCUCACCUGAUUGCUCAGGUGAGGUUUUAGGAUUGGUCUUUGUCCGCCGUCCGUCCACAUUUGGUUUCUAAACACUCUAGAAUCCACAUUUCUCCAGCAUUCUUUAUCAAAGUUGCUGAAAGAUCUCAGUCAAUUUUGAUAAUGAGCAAAAUCACAUAAUUAAUGCCAUAAUUAUUGCCCUUAGAUUGUCUAAAUUUUCAUUAUAUUAUGCAAAAUCCUUGUAAACACUCUAUAGGUCACAAAUUUGUUUCAGAUUUUAUGAAUCUUGGUCAUAAUAUUUAUUUUCGAAAGCAAAGUUUGAUGUUUGGCUAGGGGGGGAUCAACACAAAAUAAAGGUAACCAGGUCAAAUCUUACAAAAACAAAAACACUCCAUGCGCCAGAGUUUUGUUUUAAAUAAUGACGAAACUUGUCCCGGAUGUUUGUCUGGGCAAUAUCUAGGUAAAGUUUUACAUUUGGUAAAGAUUGAAUGAACCUACUCCUCUCAGGUGAGCGAACUAGGGCCAUUUUGCCCUCUUGUGCAUGUCUGGCGUAACUCAAAAAGAAUUGGUGCUGGAGUGAUGAAACCAUGCAAUUAAAGUAAUCAGCAUCUUGCACAUCUUCAUAUUUGUUUGUUUUGUGUAUUUGUAGUUUUAGACAAAACAGGAAUAUGGGGGCAUCCAUGUCGUUCUGGCACGUUUAAAGUUUUGUCAGAAUUACAUUAAUGACAUAAAUAUUUUGUGAAAAUUAUCUUAUUAACUGUUGUUUCUUCCAUACGCUACUUCCAUUUUAUGUUCAAUUUUGGAUGCUGUAGACUGUUACAAAAAGUUACAAGUGAGUGUGAAAAUGUGUUAUACGAUGAUGAAACGUAUCACAGAUAUAGCAUUUUCACACUGAACCAUUAUUUGUAGUUUCUAACAUGCUGCCCUGUCUGUGUAAGGUUAGAUCUGUUGGAACAUGGCUGCUGAUAUUGCACAACACCAAUAGACAUAUGUUGUCGCCCCGCAACUACCAAAGCUCGCAUUCCUUCGCUUAUUCUUAAAUGAAAUAUAAGCCAAUUAACUCUAUCAAUGUUAUGUCAAUAGGUCACAGGAUAAUUAUGCUUUAUAUAUUAGGGAAUCAAAUUCAAAAAGGAUGUGUCCAAGGAUCAAAGCAGAAAUAUGCAAAGUAUAUUAGUUUAUUAAAUUCAACUUUAAUAUGUCAAUCGGUAACAACACAAUUAUCGGCUAAAUAUCAGCCAGUCAAAUUCAAAGAGGAUGGAUGAAUGAGGCAGAGCAGAAAAACAGAAAUUAUGUUAGCAAAUCAAUUGUGAAUAGGAUUUGUCAAUGGGUAAGAGUACAUAGAUGCCUAGUAUAUGCCAUAUUACAGUUACCAGUAUGUAGUAAAGGUUUUACUUAGUCUAAAGUUUGAUGGAAUUCAGAGACACUGUAAUCAUUAAACAAAUGGUAGAGGGUAACCUACUCUGCGAUUUCACUCAUUAAUGAUUUGAUGUAAAUGUGCACAUUUCACUGAAAAAGUUUGCACUAUGGAAACCGAUAUUAUUAACGACAUUAAUACCUUUCAUGGGUUAAUAUUUCAUAUUAUCAGACUCUGGUUUAGCUUGAGAAAGUUCUUAGUCAUAGGCAUUGUUCCUAAGCUUGUUUGAUGUUUUUACUUUUUAAGUUUUAUUCCUUGCAGUAGCUGAACAGUAGUGCUGUGAUUAACAGUUACCAUGACGACAUGUAGCACGUGUGUUCAUAAAAAUGCAUCAGUAACCGUUAUGUGGUCAUCUGUUAUCUAGUCAGUAUGUGAUGCAUGCUUUAGUUUCCACACUUUACCUUGAAGAAAAAUGCAAAAGACAUAACUUUUAGAAAUGUGUGUAAAGUCAUAUGACAAACUUUCAAUUUAUGUGUAGUUUAUGUUUCUUUUAAAAUGUUCCUCUGUGCAUUUGUUUGUAAUAAUUUCAUGAAAAUUCUGAGCUUACAUAAUAAUAAUGCUUGGAAUUAUAAAAUUCAUUGACAUGAUUUAACAUUUAAAACUUUAUGUCUGCAUUUAGGAACAUUCCUCUUUUGAUAAGAGUGUUUUGAUUAAAUCAUUGUAUUGAUGUUAAACAAGUGAAGCAGCAGUGUUUCUGGUCAAACAUGCAAAGACCUUGUGCUUUGUUUAGAUUUGUGUAUUCAGGGUUAUUACUAACACUGUAUAUAUUUCAAAGUCACAUGUAUUUCUAGUAAUUAAAUAAAUGGUUCCUUACACAG